UAAAUCUAAUCGAUCAAUUGACUUAACCAACUAAAUAACCUGAUCAUAAGAGCCGAACCUUCAAACCUGGGAAUCCUGACUCGAGAACCUCAGUCCUAGCACAACCAACCAAUCAAAAGCAAGAAAAGGUCACCUAUUUCCUAAAAUGGCAACUUCCCUCCGUUCUCUCACGGCCACGGCACUACGCCAAGCCCGCACCAGCAAACCCACCACAAGCAAACCACUAUCCAAACCCGGCCAUCUAACCACCCCACCACCCACCACUUCAACCCGGCCCUUCUCCGCCGCCGCGGCGCUAGCAGCGCCAGCAACACCGUCCCCGACGCCCAAAUCAGCGGCCAAGAUCCUGCUCGAGGACGCGGACACCGGGUUCGGGUUCGCGCGCCACAACCCGGUACCAGCAAAGCCGCGGUCGCGCGGCGUCACCGAGAUCCGCGGGCCGUACUACACCGUCAUGGGGCCGCGGUACCUGUCGGACGUGCUGGAGACGAUGGGCGCGCACGUGGACGGGGUCAAGUUCGCCGGCGGCUCCUUCAGCCUGUUCCCCGAGGCGCCGCUGCGGCAGCUGAUCGACCUCGCGCACGCGGGCGGCGCGUACGUGAGUACGGGGGGCUGGAUCGAGCAUGUGCUUGCUUCGAGCGGCGGCGAUGUGGGAGGCGCUGUGGAUAAGUAUCUCGCGAGGUGCAAGGACCUUGGCUUCGAUGUCGUGGAGCUGAGUACGGGGUUCUUGUCGCUGCCGCCGGAUGACUGGGUCCGGCUUGCGGAGCGCGUGCAGGGCGCGGGCUUGAAGCCCAAGCCUGAGUUGGGCAUCCAGUUUGGCGCCGGAGGCGACACCGAGGCGGCGGAGUUGGAGAGUAUUGGGACGAGCGACCCUGGUAAGGUGAUUAAUAUGGCGAAGCGGUUUGUGGAGGAUGCGGGUGUUGAGCGCGUUAUGAUCGAGAGCGAGGGCAUUACGGAGAAUGUGAAGGCUUGGCGAACUGAUGUUAUCCAGUCGAUUCUGAAGGAGUUGCCUUUGGAGAAGGUCAUGUUUGAGGCGGCUGAUCCGUCCGUGUUUAAUUGGUACAUUCGAGAAUUUGGUGUGGACGUCAACCUCUUCGUCGAUCACUCGCAGAUCGUCCAGCUGGCUGGACUCAGAGCUGGUAUCUGGGGUAAGAGUGAUACCUUCGGCAAGAUCACUACUUUCAGGCCCUGAGCCUUGUCAGUUCAAAAGGGUUAGAUCGACGAUAAUGUUGGACAUGGCUGCUAUGGAGUGGAAAGUUUAAUGCGGGAAAUCAGUGACGGUUGAGAUGUUAGUUUAUGAGACUUAAAGUAUCAAGUGCAUGUAACUUACUUACGGUCCUUACAUGCCAGAAAUAGUCAUGGAAUUGCAUCUAGUACAGAUAUCAUGCUUGCGGAGUCAUCUGGAAUUACUCCUGAGCCCCUGAG